AUGGCCCCACCGCCAGCCACCUCGCGCUUGCGCCUCGCCGCCGCGCGCGCCAUCUCCGGCGGGCCGCCGCCGCCGCCCGCUCGCCCCGCGGCGGCGCCCACCUCAACACCGCAGGCCUUCCACGCGCACCUCGCGUCGCUCGCCGAGCCUUCCCGCGCCGCCCACCCCGCCGCCCUCCUCGCUGCGCUCUCCCGCGCCCGCGCCGCGGGGCUCCCACUCCUCCCGGCCACCCGCGUCCUCGCUGCCUCCGCGCUGCUCCGCCACGGCCGCAUCCCCGACGCACUCGCCCACUUCAGCCUCGUCCCCGACUCUUCCGCCCUCCCCGCGCCGCUCUGCAACGCGCUGCUCACCGCGCUCGCGUCGUCCGGGUCACUCGUGCCCGCGCGCAAGGUGUUCGACAGAAUGAUCGCGAGGGCCGUCGAGCUUGACACGGUUGGUUUCGCGGUGUUCGUCAAGAAUGUGGGCAGAAUGUAUGGUUUGGCUGAGGUUCUGCGGUUGGUUCAGACAGUGCACCAUCGAGGAGACCGGGUUGAUAGGUCAGUUGUUGCACUGAUGGUUGCUGAUGGUUUGUGUCGAGAGGGGAGGAUUGAAGAUGCUUCGCAUUCUUUAGAGGAAAUGAGGUUGCGGGGGUGGAAGCCGGAUUUUGUAGCUUAUAGAGUUGUAUCGGAGGCGUUUAAGGCAGCAGGGAGGGUGGAGGAGGAAGGUAGGAUCUUGAAACAGAAGAGGAAGCUCGGGGUUGCGCCUAGGAAGGAGGACUACAGAGAGUUUGUGCUUGCAUUGUUGUCUAGGAGACAGAUUGGUGAGGCAAAGGAGAUUGCAGAGGCAAUUGUUUUAGGGGAUUUCCCUAUUGAUGAUGAUGUAUUAAAUGAAUUGAUUUGUUCGGUGUCUGACAUUGAUGUCGAUGCUGCUCUUAUGUUCUGCAAGUUCAUGGUAGGAAAGGAGACAUUUCCAAGCAGUGCUAUGCUUAUACGCCUUUGUGAGAGCCUUUGCAAGAAUGGGAAGGGUGAUGAUAUGUGGGAGUUUUUUAGGGUGCUUUUAGAUAAAGGGUAUUGUAGAAAUGUGAGGGACUACCAUUUGAUGGUAUCAUUCUUAGGCAAGGCAGGGAAGGUCAGAGAGGCAUAUGAUGUACUAAAGGAGGUGAAAAAAAAGAGACUUGAGCCUGACAUUUCAUCAUACAAUUCUCUCAUGGAGGCACUCUGCAGAAAUAACCUCCUUAGGCCAGCCAAGAAGCUGUGGGAUGAGAUGUUUACCAGUGGCUGUAGUCCAAAUCUGCAGACUUACAAUAUACUCAUAACAAAAUUUGCAGAAAUCAAUGAAAGUGAACAGGCACAACAACUGUUUGAUCGCAUGUUCCAGAAAGGAGUGUCCCCUGAUGGCACAACAUACACUUCAGUCAUCAAUAUGCUGUGCCAAGAAAAAAAAUAUGAACAGUCUGUGGAGAUCUUUACCAAAUGUGUGAUGCAGGAUCCUGAAUUGGCUAGUUCUGUGUUAACCGUGUUUAUGCUUGCACUCUGUAAACAAGGUAAUUACAAAGGAGCAUUGGGUGUUAUAUCUUGUGCUCCAUCCAAUGUUCAGAGUGUGAAUUCACACGUCAUUUUGUUGAAGUGUCUAACAGAUGUUGGGGAAGUAGAUUUGGCAAUUGAACACAUAAAAUCUAUCAGGGGCAAUUUCAGCUCGUGUUUCCAAAUUGUAAUCAAUGAGCUCAUGGCCUCUCUUUCCACUUCUGCUAGUCUUCAAUCUGUCACAAGGUUGAUUUCUUAUUUAAAUUCUCAAGGGAUAAUUCAUGAUGUUGGCCCGUGGAUGGAAUUGAUAGCGGACGGUUAUGCCUGAAGCAAAGUUUUCUGUGUUAUGCUAUUGUAAUCAACACUGUGUAACAUGACUGGAGUACGUGACACUAUUUCAAAAAGGAAGAUAAUGAUCUUUUGAAUUUGAAGGCAGGAGCUCCACUGAUUUCAUUAAAUUGGAAUUUGGAAGUUAAAAGAUACAAGUAGAAAAGGAAGGUUCAGAAUGUUGCCAAAGGGGACAGAAAGUGAAAAUACUUGGGAGUUAUUGGGAAUCAGAAAAGAAGCAACCUGAAUUCUCAGUAUUCACCAAGUACACAUGGCUGGAGAUUUGUCAUGAAAAUCACGUGGGUGAUCACUUUAUUCCAAGAACGAGAAAUUGGUUAGGUAGCCAAGUAUUGUGCAGUAGUUUAUCUCUGUUCCUGCUGCAAGAUUUUGCAGAUUGUUUACUAGUCACUAGUAACUGAUCCGUGUGGCAAUUAUGCUUGAAGCCUUACGCAGGCCGUGAUCAUCAUUUACAAUGCCUAUGAGCAAGCAACAAACAAGGUGCAUUACCCAACAAAGCAGACCAUAACAGUGAUACUACUUCUAUAAUGAUGGCGAAUCAGAAUGACUUUGUCAGUUUGUGGAACGUUGGUAAUUCUGAUCAGUGAUCAGAGAUGUUGGGUUAUAGAGGGCCAACAAAGCGAUAGCGAUUCCCUCCAUCCCUCUAGAAAGGUGAAAAAUGAGGCUGCCUGAGCCUUCCUGAGCCCUCCUAAAACUUAUGUUCAAAUCCGAACUUUUUUAACCAUGCCAUCCUACUUGGUGUGACUAAAUAACAUGGUCGCGCCAUGCCAUGAGUAGCUGGUGCGGCCAUGUUCUUUGCCACACCAGUCUGGCAUUGUCAAAUAAAGCCAAAUUGAUAUGGCAGUUUUAUUUAGCCAUACCAGCCGGUUUAUGUUUAUGUUUGAACAUAAGGUUUAUGGUGGUCUAUUUUAAAAAUAAAAAGUCU